AUGUCGCUUUGCCUGAAUCGCCUCCAAGAGGAGCGAAAGCAAUGGAGGCGUGACCACCCUUUCGGGUUUGUCGCAAAGCCCGUGAAAACCGAGCAGGGUACCCUGGACCUGAAGCGCUGGCAAUGCUCCGUCCCCGGCAAGAAGGACACUCUGUGGGAGGGCGGUUCGUUCAAGCUCGACGUGAUCUUCCCUGAUGGUAAAUUCACGCCGCCACUUUUCCACCCGAACGUCUAUCCCUCUGGCACCGUCUGCCUUUCGAUCUUGAACGAAGAAGAGGCAUGGAAGCCCGCGAUUACGAUCAAGCAGAUUCUCCUCGGAAUUCAAGAUCUUCUCAACGACCCCAACCCAGAGUCGCCUGCCCAGUCCGAGGCCUAUAGCAUGUUCAAGAAGGACCGGGCCGCAUACGAGCGCAAAGUUCGACAGGUCGUUAAGGACAACCCCCCAUGUAAGAGACGGGCCUGCUGGCAAGUUCACCUUGACAUGAAGAAAGUCGCGACUACAAUUGCUUGUCUCUGUAUCUUCUUUUCUUUCGUUUUUGCCAAUUUUCUUCACGGGUUUUGA